AUGGACAAUAUAAAGAGUUUUCUGGAAUUUUAUAAAAGUGGAUGGAAGGUUCUAUGGAAUCCGCAAGAAGAACCCCAGCAUAUUUCUACCUACAACUUUAGAGAGCAGAUGAAAGCCAUGUUCUUGUACACAAACUCAGUGGAACGCAAUCUGCCCUAUCGUUCCGUUUGGCAUACUUUCAUAGUGUUUGCAGCAUCUUUUGUUCUCUUGACAUUGUGCUUUGGGCUGAAGGAAUCCUUGGGAGACCUCGUGGAAAUGGGUCGCGAUCUGGCCUUUAUUAUUGCGACAUUCUUUAUUUAUUUCAAGCUCAUUUACUUCCAUUGGUAUGCCGAUGGCCUGGAUGAGAUAAUCGAUGAGCUGGAGGCUUGUCAUCAGUGGCUGAGAGAGGGUCCUGGUUCCGCAGAGGCUCGUACAGUCAGACGUUGGCACUAUAUAGUGAUGUUUGUGAUGAUUAUGGUGUGGUCCUUUUUUAUAGGAGUUUUUGUGAUAUUACUCAAUACAACACCUUUGUGGGUGGCCCAGCAGAACUUGCCCCUCCACACGAUUUAUCCCUUUGAAUGGCACAGCAAGUCCAAGCACCCCAUAGCCCAUGGCAUUAGCUACUUGACCCAAGCCGUGACGUUAUCCUAUGUCCUGGUUUGGCUCCUGAUCAUGGAGGGAAUGUCAGUGUCUAUAUAUUUUGAGAUCACCUGUGCCAUCAAGAUGCUGUGCAUCGAAUUUCGUCACGUAACAGAAAAGUGUCAUGGAAAUGUUGAGUUACUGAGGAGGGAAAUCGACCGUUUGAUCGGACUUCACCAGAAAAUAUUAAGAAUUUUAGACCGCACCAAUGAGGUCUUUCACGGCACUCUCAAAAUGCAGGUGAUAGCCAACUUUUUCCUGGUCUCUUUGUCGGUUUUUGAGGCUCUGAUAUCCCGAAAGGACCUCAAGGUGGCCUUUCAAUUUGGUGUGCUCAUGCUGCUGACCCUGGGACAUUUAUCGAUGUGGUGCAAGUUCGGUGACAUUAUGUCGCAGGAGUCCUUGGACAUUGCUCAGGCUGCAUUUGAGGCCUAUGAUCCAACCUCAGGUUGUAGUGGAGUUAAGAGAGACCUUUGUCUCAUAAUUAAAAGAGCCCAGAAUCCUAUGCAAAUGGUGUCAAGUCCAUUUCCGCCUUUUAAUUUAAUUAAAUAUACGGCGAUAUUAAAGCAAUGUUAUUCAAUCCUCACGCUGUUGCUAAAGACCAUGGAUUAA